CGGAGACUCUGGUUUUACUUUCUGCUCACCUAAGAAGCUCCUGCUGUGUCCCUAAGUGUUCCCGCCUCGCCUCUCCCCACACCCACUGCUCCCUAACUUCUCUCACAGGCCCCCAAGGCUUCCUCCUGCGCAGGCGCACGCUCAGGUCUUACCCGCCAGCAGGUGGCGGAACACGAUUUUCUGUCCUCUGCGGCUGAGUCCUAGGGUCCCCUCUUCUCUAAGGCCUUUCGCCUAGUUCCAGCCUGGAUACGCUUCCAUAGCAAAGGGUUGCCCUUGGCAACAGGAGGACGCAGGCUGGCAGGCUUGGUUCCUGGCGAGUUUCUUAGCCCCCGCCUGCGGUCUGAGGCACCGGCUGAACCAUGUCGGAGAUCCUGUGCCAGUGGCUCAACAAGGAGUUGAAGGUGUCCCGGACCGUGAGUCCCAAGUCAUUUGCAAAGGCAUUUUCCAGUGGCUAUCUACUUGGAGAAGUUCUACACAAGUUUGAACUUCAGGAUGAUUUUUCAGAAUUUUUGGACAGCAGGGUUUCAAGUGCCAAACUUAAUAAUUUUUCUCGCUUGGAGCCAACACUUCACCUUCUGGGUGUGCAGUUUGAUCAGAAUGUGGCCCAUGGCAUCAUCACAGAAAAGCCUGGGGUGGCAACAAAGCUGUUAUAUCAAUUGUACAUUGCUCUUCAGAAAAAGAAGAAAAGUGGACUGACUGGAGUGGAGAUGCAAACCAUGCAACGUCUGACAAAUUUAAGACUUCAAAACAUGAAAAGUGAUACUUUUCAAGAGAGACUUAGACACGUGAUACCACGUCAAACUGAUUUCAAUCUGAUGCGGAUUACAUACAGGUUUCAAGAAAAAUAUAAACACGUGAAAGAAGAUCUUGCCCACUUGCAUUUUGAGAAACUUGAAAGAUUUCAAAAACUCAAGGAAGAGCAAAGAUGUUUGGAUAUCAAAAAGCAAUACUUAAACAGAAGACGACAAAAUGAAAUAAUGGCCAAAAUCCAAGCAGCUAUUAUACAGAUUCCUAAACCUGCAUCAAAUCGUACUUUGAAAGCACUCGAGGCCCGAAAAAUGAUGAAAAAGAAAAAAGAGGCAGAAGAUGUGGCUGAUGAAAUUAAGAAGUUCGAAGCAUUAAUAAAAAAGGAUCUCCAAGCAAAAGAAAGUGCUUCCAAGACUUCUUUAGAUACAGCAGGCCAGACAACCACCAAUUUGUUAAAUACUUACUCAGAUGAUGAGUACAUUAAAAAAAUCCAGAAGCGCCUUGAAGAAGAUGCUUUUGCACGAGAGCAAAGGGAGAAAAGACGGCGGAAAUUGUUAAUGGACCAGUUAAUAGCCCACGAAGCACAAGAGGAGGCUUAUCGGGAGGAACAGCUGAUUAACCGGCUGAUGCGGCAGUCCCAGCAGGAGCGCAGGAUUGCCGUGCAGCUCAUGCAUGUUCGGCAUGAAAAGGAAGUUUUAUGGCAAAACAGAAUUUUCAGAGAAAAACAACAUGAGGAAAGACGACUUAAAGAUUUCCAGGAUGCUCUUGAUCGAGAAGCGGCUUUGGCAAAACAAGCCAAGAUUGACUUUGAAGAACAAUUCCUUAAAGAAAAGAGAUUUCAUGAUCAGAUUGCGGUGGAAAGAGCUCAAGCUCGUUAUGAAAAGCAUUAUUCAGUAUGUGCAGAAAUUUUGGAUCAAAUAGUUGAUUUGUCCACUAAAGUGGCAGACUAUCGAAUGUUGACAAAUAAUCUGAUUCCGUAUAAGUUGAUGCAUGAUUGGAAGGAACUAUUUUUUAAUGCAAAACCCAUAUAUGAACAAGCCUCUGUUAAGACACUACCUGCUAACCCCUCAAGAGAACAACUUACAGAACUGGAGAAAAGGGACUUGCUAGAUACCAAUGAUUAUGAAGAAUAUAAGAACAUGGUUGGAGAGUGGGCCUUACCAGAAGAAAUGGUUGACAAUUUACCACCCUCCACCAAUUGCAUACUGGGCCAUAUUCUUCACAGGCUAGUUGAAAAAUCUCUUCCUCCUCAAGCGGAAUCAACAACACCUGAAUUACCUUCAUUUGCUGUUAAAGGAUGCUUAUUGGGGAAAACAUUAAGUGGAAAAACUACCAUUUUAAGGUCUCUACAAAAAGACUUUCCUAUACAGAUACUUUCUAUUGACACUCUUGUCCAAGAAGCUAUCCAAGCAUUUCAUGACAACGAAAAAGUCAGUGAGGUUCUACCAAUUCAGAAAAAAGAUGAAGAAGAUGCUCUACCAGUUCUGCAAGAGGAGAUUAAAGAAAGCCAGGAUCCACAACAUGUAUUUUCAGCUGGUCCAGUUUCAGAUGAAGUAUUACCAGAAACAGAAGGUGAAACAAUACUUAGUGCUAAUGGUGAUAAAACACCAAAAGCUGAAGAGGUCAAAUCAAGUGAUAGUUUCUUAAAACUCACUACACGUGCUCAGCUUGGUGCAAAAUCAGAACAGUUGCUGAAGAAAGGAAAGAGCAUUCCUGAUGUGCUGCUUGUUGACAUCAUGGUAAAUGCUAUUAACGAGAUACCUGUGAAUCAAGACUGUAUCCUAGAUGGUUUUCCAAUGACUUUAAACCAAGCACAGCUUCUGGAAGAAGCUCUUACAGGCUGCAAUAGAAACCUCACAGAAGUGGAAAGAAAAAAAGCACAAAAAUCCACAUUGGCUAUUGAUCCUGCGACUUCCAAAGAAAUACCUCUUCCCUCUCCUGCAUUUGAUUUUGUCAUAUUAUUAGAUGUUUCAGAUACUUCCUCAAUGAGUCGCAUGAAUGAUAUUAUAGCUGAAGAAUUGUCCUAUAAAACUGCUCACGAAGAUAUCAGUCAACGUGUGGCUGCUGAAAACCAAGAUAAGGAUGGAGACCAAAAUUUAAGAGACCAGAUACAACAUAGAAUUAUAGGCUUCUUGGACAACUGGCCUUUAUUGGAGCAAUGGUUUUCAGAGCCAGAAAAUAUUUUGAUAAAAAUCAAUGCUGAAAUAGAUAAGGAAUCUUUAUGUGAAAAAGUAAAAGAAAUUCUUACGACUGAAAUAGCAAAAAAAAAGAAUAAAGUUGAGAAGAAAUUAGAAGAAAAGGAAGCUGAGAAAAAAGCAGCAGCUUCCCUGGCUGAGCUUCCACUUCCUACACCUCCUCCCGCUCCUCCUCCUGAACCAGAAAAAGAGAAGGAAAUUCAUCAAAGCCAUGUGCCUUCAAAAACUCCUACUGCAAAAGGAAAACCUCAAUCAGAAGCCCCACAUGGUAAGGAAGAAUCUCUUCAGGAAGGAAAAGGGAAGAAAGGUGAGACCGCACUCAAAAGAAAAGGUUCUCCUAAAGGAAAAUCAUCAGGAGGAAAAGUACCAGUAAAGAAAUCACCUGCUGACUCUACAGAUACAUCACCUGUUGCAAUAGUGCCACAGCCACCUAAGCCAGGGUCAGAAGAAUGGGUCUAUGUGAAUGAACCAGUUCCUGAGGAAAUGCCUUUGUUUUUAGUACCUUACUGGGAACUGAUAGAAAAUUCCUAUAUAAACACCAUCAAAACAGUACUCAGGCAUCUGAGGGAAGACCAGCAUACUGUGCUUGCUUACUUAUAUGAGAUUAGAACAAGUUUCCAGGAGUUUCUAAAGCGUCCGGAUCACAAGCAAGAUUUUGUAGCUCAAUGGCAGGCUGAUUUCAACUCCCUUCCUGAUGACCUGUGGGAUGAUGAGGAAACAAAGGCUGAACUACAUCAACGAGUGAAUGAUCUGCGAGACCGCCUGUGGGACAUUUGUGAUGCCCGGAAGGAAGAGGCAGAGCAGGAGCGGCUUGACAUCAUUAAUGAGAGCUGGUUACAGGACACUCUUGGAAUGACAAUGAACCAUUUCUUUUCCCUGAUGCAGGCAGAACUGAACCGUUUCCAAGAUACAAAGAGACUCCUUCAAGAUUAUUACUGGGGAAUGGAAAGUAAAAUCCCAGUAGAGGACAACAAGAGAUUUACUCGAAUCCCUUUGGUCCAACUGGAUAGUAAAGACAAUUCCGAAAGCCAGCUUAGAAUUCCUCUAGUUCCUCGAAUAUCCGUUUCUCUGGAAACAGUUACACCCAAACCAAAAACAAAAUCAGUACUGAAGGGCAAGAUGGAUAACUCCCUAGAAAACGUUGAGUCCAACUUUGAGGCCGAUGAAAAGUUGGUCAUGGACACCUGGCAGCAGGCUUCUUUAGCAGUAUCUCACAUGGUGGCUGCUGAAAUUCAUCAGAGGCUUAUGGAAGAAGAAAAAGAAAACCAGCCAGCAGACCCCAAAGAAAAAUCUCCUCAGAUGGGUGCAAAUAAAAAAGUCAAAAAGGAGCCACCCAAGAAAAAACAGGAAGACAAAAAACCCAAAGGUAAAUCACCACCUAUGGCAGAAGCAACUCCUGUCAUAGUAACAACGGAGGAAAUUGCUGAAAUCGAAAGGAAAAAUGAACUGAGGGUUAAAAUAAAAGAAGAACACCUUGCCGCCUUGCAAUUUGAAGAAAUAGCCAUGCAAUUUCGACUUGAACUGAUAAAGACAAAAGCAUUGGCUCUUCUUGAAGAUUUAGUAACAAAGGUGGUUGAUGUAUAUAAACUCAUGGAAAAAUGGCUUGGUGAGAGGUAUUUGAAUGAAAUGGCCAGUAUAGAAAAAUUAACUGACGUAGCUCGCUAUCACAUUGAAACAUCUACAAAAAUUCAGAAUGAACUUUAUUUAAGCCAAGAAGACUUCUUCAUUAAUGGCAAUAUAAAAGUCUUCCCAGAUCCUCCCCCACCGAUACGUCCUCCACCUGUAGAAAAGGAAGAAGAUGGCACCCUGACCAUUGAACAGCUUGACAGUCUUCGAGAUCAGUUCUUAGAUAUGGCACCUAACGGCAUAAUAGGAAAUAAAGCAUUUACUGACAUUCUGAUCGAUUUGGUGACCCUGAACCUUGGCACAAACAACUUUCCUAGUAGUUGGAUGCACCUUACCCAACCUGAAUUACAGGAAUUAACAUCUUUAUUAACAGUCAACUCCGAGUUCGUGGACUGGCGGAAGUUUCUGUUAGUAACCUCAAUGCCUUGGCCCAUUCCCUUGGAGGAGGAGCUCCUUGAGACCCUUCAGAAGUUCAAGGCUGUGGAUAAGGAGCAGUUGGGCACCAUCACUUUCGAGCAGUAUAUGCAGGCUGGUCUGUGGUUUACAGGAGAUGAAGAUAUAAAAAUUCCAGGAAAUCCUCUUGAACCCCUUCCAUUUAAUAGGCAGGAGCAUCUUAUAGAGUUUUUCUUUAGGCUAUUUGCUGACUAUGAGAAGGAUCCACCCCAGCUUGACUACACACAGAUGCUGCUUUACUUUGCUUGCCACCCAGACACCGUGGAAGGAGUCUACAGGGCCCUCAGUGUGGCUGUUGGAACUCAUGUCUUCCAACAAGUCAAAGCUUCCAUUCCAAGUGCAGAAAAGACCUCCUCAACUGAUGCAAGUCCAGCUGAGGAAUUUCCUGAACCUGAGGAAAAUGCUGCAAGAGAAGAAAGGAAAUUAAAAGACGACAGGGAGAAAAGGGAACAGAAGGAUGAAGAAAUCCCUGAAAAUGCAAACAAUGAAAAGAUGUCCAUGGAAACACUACUCAAAGUGUUCAAAGGGGGAAGUGAAGCACAGGACUCUAACAGAUUUGCCAGCCACCUAAAGAUAGAGAACAUUUAUGCAGAGGGCUUCAUAAAAACAUUUCAAGACCUAGGUGCCAAAAACCUGGAGCCAAUUGAAGCCGCUGUUCUCUUGAAGCAUCCUUUUAUUCAAGACCUGAUUUCAAAUUAUUCAGACUAUAAGUUUCCUGAUAUUAAAAUAAUUCUCCAAAGGAGUGAACAUGUACAAGGAAGUGAUGGAGAGAGAUCACCUUCAAGACAUACAGAGGAAAAGAAAUGAAGACAAAAGAGUGUGAUUUUUGUAAUUCUGCAAUAAAUCUUCCAAAAAUUAAAUGUGA